AGCCGAAGCCCGGCAGCCUCCAUCUUGAAAAGUUCCCCUUACUUUCGCUUUUGAAUUUAGCGAGUUAUGGCUCACAGAAGUUGGAAAAAAAUAUUUUUCGCUCACGAGUUGGAGCAGAACACUUGUAGUUUUUGGACCAAUGUGGAUGUACCGUGUGUUUUGGACCGAAACGCUUUAUUGGAUUACAUUCUCUGGAUCGUAACGAACGUAAAGAGACCACACACGACGUGAUUGAGUGCGAUUUGAAGCUCAGAAGUCGUCAAAAGUGGCCUGAGUCCAACAUUGGUGCCUUGUCCCUCCGGAAACACUGCCCUGAUCCAGACCAGUGAAAAUGGGAUGACAACUUGGACUCUUCACCCUAGACGUCCCCAGCACCAGCUGACAAGACUUCUCUAGACUAGAUACAGUACCUGCAACGACUUGAGAUACACACAGACAUAGUACUGUCAAAUUUAUGAAGAAAAAAACAAUAACUACAUUUCUAUUAGUUAUAUAUUAGCACUUUAUAUAUCAUACACCUUACUAAAAGCAAUUAAAAAUAUAUUAGGUCAAUAUGUAUUUGGAACAAAAACUAUGUUUGUAAACCAGAGUUACCAGGUACGUUACAAUUAAUCUGUAAAUAGUAAAAUGUUCUAAAAUUGUCUAAUUUCGGAGAUACUGAUUUAUUCCAUGCAUGUGUAAUUGUCUGAUAUACUGUAUAUUAAAUGUAUUCUGUAAUGAAUACACAUUCAAUCAUACUGGCUUCAGUCCUGGAUCAUCAACCAUACAUGACAGUAGGUUUGGCAACUGGUUCAGGCGUCUUAAGGUAAGAUUUAUCAAAAUUUUAGUUUAAUUAAUUAAUAAAAGUAAUAAACACAUGCAACAUUAUGACAGCAACAGUUGCUGUCACGCCAUGCCUCUAGGCAUUCACUGUUCCUACAUUGGCACUUAUUUACAGACAAAUACGGCAAAAUUUAAGCUGCAGCUAAAGACUCCAUUAUGGAGAAAUUAUUUUGACACAGCAGCAGCACAAGAAAGACAAAAGCGUUUAAAAAUGACUUUAUAUUAGCUUAUCGAGCUAUGCUCCCAAACAGGCUGUAGUCGUGUUAUGAAUAUUCUGUUGUAAUAAUUCACGCUGCUUAUUGGCAACCAUUAGUAUUAGCGUUAGCAUACGCUAAUCAAGUUGCGUAUUAUAUAAAUCAGUAAAUUAAAUAGAAUUUGAAAUUGCCAGUUAGACGUAUCUUGCGCCAGUCUAGGUGUAACCACUUCAACAGCCUCCCAUUCGACUUCAGAGUCAGAUUUUGGAUCAAACGUAUGGUUGAACUCCACUACGACGAGGUAGCAGUUUCAUUGUUACAAUGGAUUCAGUGACUGUGACUUUUGAUCCCCGCGACGGAUCACGGCUAUGCGCUUCCUCAAAGGGGUGUGCCGAUCAACAUCGCUUGCGAUACACUCCGAAAACAGAGCGUUGUGGAUGAGAGCUUAAUUCACACGUUUUCAAACGGGCUGUGUCAAAGCAAGGGUCAAAGCAGGAGUUCACAAGACAGAAACCAAGUCCACGACCAGGAAAAAGACACAGAGUCCAGUGAUUCCCUCACGGAGGGUGGAGGCGCGGCAAGAUCCUGCUCAGCCGCCGCUGAGGCAGGGUGGCACCCUUAGUGCCCUUGAGCUGGGCCAACGUCCCCAGGGACCACCCCGAACGGCGAUGCCCUCCAGGCGGACGCCGAUCCAGGAGGCUGAGGAGUCGAGGCGGACGUCGCCGCAGGAGGCAGCGCCAUCCAAACAGCCGGAUGCGCCGAGGGCGAGGCCACCAGUCCGGCAGCAGAGACAGAGACGAGGCAGGAACCAGAGAAGAAGACAGACGUGGAGACGCGGCCGGAGCCGGGCCGCCAGGAACCGAUGCAGAUGCGGCCGGGGCCGGGCCACCAGGAACCGACGCAGAUGCGGCCGGGGCCGAGCCGCCAGGAACAGAUGCAGGUGCGGCCAGAGCCGAGCCGCCAGGAACAGAUGCAGGUGCGGCCAGAGCCCCUCCUCCUGGAGGUCGGCUGGAACUACGACAGGUGCGACCUCCUCCUGGAGGUCGGCUGGAACUACGACAGGUGCGACCUCCCCUUGGAGGUCGGCUGGAACUAUGACAGGGGCGACCUCCUCCCGGAGGUCGGCUGGAACUACGACAGGGGCGACCUCCUCCUGGAGGCCUGCUGGAACUACGACAGGAGCGACCCCCUCUCGGAGGUCGGCUGGAACUACGACAGGGGCGACCUCCAGGUCGGCGGGGACCGCGGCAGCAACUCCAGCUGGCGCGACUUCCUCUAGGAGGUCGGCGGGAACCGCGGCAGCAACUCCAGCUGGCGCGACCUCCUCCUGGAGGUCGGUGGGAACCGCGGCAGCAACUCCAGCUGGCGCGACCUCCUCCUGGAGGUCGGCGGGAACCGCGGCAGCAACUCCAGCUGGCGCGACCUCCUCCUGGAGGUCGGCGUGGACUGCGGCAGCAACUCCAGCUGGCGCGACCGAACUGGACUGGGACGUGACUCGACUGAACUGGGGCCUGGACGUGACUCGACUGGAGGUCGGCAGGAACCGCGGCAGCAACUCCAGCUGGCGCGACCUCCUGCUGGAGGUCGGCGGGAACCGCGGCAGCAACUCCAGCUGGCGCGACCUCCUCCUGGAGGUCGGCGUGGACCGCGGCAGCAACUCCAGCUGGCACGAUCUCCGCCUGGAGGUCGGCGGGAAAUGCCACUUCGAGGCUGACAGGAACGGGGCUAGAACAACCUCUACGUGGCCGACAGGAACAGGGACUGGAACGGUCGCUACUUGGCCGACAGGAACAGGGACUGGAACGGCCGCUACAAGGCCGACAGGAACAGGGACUGGAACGGCCGCUACAGGGCCGACAGGAACAGGGACAGGAACGGCCGCAACAUGGCCGACAGGAACGGCCGCAACAUGGCCGACAGGAACGGGACGGCGUCCUCUCCGGAGCCGGCAUGACUGCUUGCAGCUGCCGAGCUCGACGGAGUAGACGUCGGGCCUGAUUGGGUGUGACUAACACUCGUCAAACGGAUGGUGCCCUCUGGCUGGGACAAGGCCUGAACGUGACUGGACUGGACUGGACUGGGACAGGAACGUGACUCGACUGGACUG